UCUGACAGGAAGUUGUGUAGUCCUCUCAUUGUCACUGUGGCGUUGUCUUUGCAGCUCCCCCCUCCUCCCUCUCUCUUGAACCACUACAUCAUCCUCCGUGUGUCAUGAAGAGUGUCUGGAUCUUGUUUCUGAGCUCUAGCCCCGCCCCUGAGUGAUGUCAUCACCCCUGAUCAGCCCUUACAGCUAUAUCAUCAUCUCCCUGUCUUACACAAAUAUACAUCUUUAUUCUGACAUUUAGGGAAGAAUGAGGUGUAAUUAGAACAUGCAGCCUUGUGCUGAACAUUGUCACAGACAGAGGAGCAGACAAGGAGUGCAUAGCAGGUGCUGCAGUCUCACUGAUUGUGCCAUAGUCUGCUGUAAAAUGGGAUGUUUUGCAACAGCUCUGGAAAGAGGGCUAUGGCAGGGGAGUAGGCAGAAGACUGUGAUGAAGAGCUGAGGGUAAGCAAUGCAUGCUGGGAAUUUUAGCACCGAACAACUGUUCAUCCAGCAAGUAGUCUUGGGAUUGACAACAACCAAAUGAAGAAGCAGAAUACCCCCACACUUUGGGGGCGCUGUUCUACCAAACCGAGACACGAAAGUCCCCUCAGACCAAAAUUCUGUAUUUUCCUGUAACGGAUUUUGGCUCCCUCACGUGGAUCCUUCAUCAGGUGUCCAGGAAGUAGUGAGAGGACAUUGUAGAGGAGCGGAUUGCAUACCCUCUGGAGCAGGGACAGCGAGUUGAAAUCAUGUCGAAUACAACAAACGGAGACACCAAGGCCCAAUGCUUGCCGAGGAACGGGCUAGUGAAGAUCCCUGGUCCCACCAAUGGACUGGGCUCCGCCAGCAUAACCAAAGGGACACCGGCCGUCAAGAACCGUAUCUGCCAGCCGCCCUCCGUGCCAUCCAUACUAAGUCAAGCCUUCCCCAAGCACCAAGAGCAUGUCCCCCCUUCAGUGUUACCGAUCCUGCCGCCUCCCCCCACCCACAAUAUCCCCCUGGGCCAUAGCCCUGGAGAAGACAACCCACCCGUACCCUGUGGGCCCUCGCUGGACAGAGUGCAGGGUCAGGGGAUGGAUUGUCACCUGGCCCUGGAGGAGAAGAUCCUGAACCGGCUUUUCUGUUAUUUCUCGGCUUGUGAGAAGUGUGUUCUUGCGCAGGUCUGCAAGACGUGGAGGAGGGUCCUGUACCAACCAAGGUUCUGGGUGAGCCUGAUGCCGGUCCUACAUGCCAAGGAACUGUACAAUAUCCUGCCCACCGGGGACAAGGAGUUUGUCAAUCUGCAGGGAUUCGCUGUGCGCGGUUUCGAUUCCUUCUGUUUGGUUGGAGUAUCGGAUCUGGAUAUCUGUGAAUUUAUUGACAACUACCCCUUGUCUAAGAAGGGGGUGAAGUCUGUGAGCCUGAAGAGGUCAACAAUCACAGAUGCUGGCUUAGAGGUGAUGCUGGAGCAGAUGCAGGGGGUGGUCCGCCUGGAGCUGUCGGGGUGUAAUGACUUCACGGAGGCCGGCCUUUGGUCCAGCUUACACGGACGCAUCACUUCUCUGAGUGUCAGUGACUGUAUCAAUGUGGCGGAUGACGCCGUGGCCGCCAUCUCCCAGCUCCUCCCCAACCUGGGCGAGCUGAACCUACAGGCCUACCACGUAACGGACACGGCGCUGGCAUACUUCACUGCCAAACAGGGCCGCGCCACACAUACGCUGCGCCUCCACUCCUGCUGGGAGAUCACCAACCACGGGGUGGUCAAUGUGGUCCACAGCCUGCCCAACCUGACUGUCCUCAGCCUCUCGGGGUGCUCGAAAGUCACAGAUGACGGGGUGGAGCUGGUGGCUGAGAACCUGCGGAGACUGCGAGGCCUGGACCUGUCCUGGUGCCCCCGACUCACAGACACCGCCCUGGAGUACAUCGCGUGUGACCUGCACAAGCUGGAGGAGCUGGUCCUGGACAGGUGUGUGCGGAUCACAGACACCGGACUUAGCUACCUGUCCACAAUGUCCUCACUCCGCACCCUGUACCUCCGCUGGUGCUGCCAGGUACAGGAUUUUGGUCUGAAGCAUCUCCUGGGUAUGAAAAGUUUACGUCUCUUAUCUCUGGCCGGUUGUCCUCUUCUCACCACCACCGGCCUUUCGGGUCUCGUUCAGCUUCAGGACCUAGAAGAACUGGAAUUGACCAACUGUCCUGGUGCCACUCCGGAGCUUUUCAAGUACUACUCCCAGCACCUGCCUCGCUGCGUGGUGAUCGAGUAACCAGCCGGAGCCGAGAUGUUCAACAAUAUUCGAGCCGUCUCCUCCGAAACCAUUCCCAGCACCGACCGGAGACUUUGGCUGCGGGGGGUUCUGACACCCGAGUCAUUGAUUUGCUGACAAAGCAAAAAGGGAGCAAGAUCCUGGGAGAUGUUUGACGCUCCGGUUUGUGAAGACCUCAUUCCAUGUCCCGAAGUCAGGGUUGUAUUAUUUCCCACGCCUCAUCUCUUGUCUUCUCUGUCGUGGAUUGAUACUCACAACAAGUAGAGCCGGCUCCCAUCCGAAACCCCAUCGACGUUCUCUCUGCAAGGAUUCUAUGGUGUGAGGUGGAGUGCUGCCCAUUGUGGAGUGUUGCUUCCAGUUCCAGUGGUGGUCCUCCAUAGUCUGGUUCCUAAUGCUUUCGAAGAUGAUUCUUUUUCGGUUGUUUACUUCUGGAUGGUCAUUGAUUCUGGAUUUAUUUUUAAAUAUAUCCCAAAAAUUGGAAACAUCAAAGAAUACAGUACCAACGGUAUGAAGAAGAAGAAGAAGAAGAGUUUCAGCUGGAUUAUGGGGUUUCUUCUCGAUACGGAAAGUUCUUUAGAAAGGUUUCGAUUGGUUGUUGUAAAGUCCGAACUCCACCUUAUGGCUCCAGUUCAGAUGGAGUAGUUGGAAAGUUCCAUUCUGUACCACAAUCUCAUGCCGCCUUUCUUUUUUUUUAACACUUUGUCGACCUCUGGUCUCUAUAUAUAGUGUAGACAUCUCCAACAUCUGCCUGUUGCUACUUCUUGCUCAACGUUUCGAUAUCUUGUCCUAGAGGAACCACCUUCACAAUGGUUUUGGUGACCUGAGUGUCCUGAAGAAGUUGCGGUAGUGGUGGCACAUAAGUGAAAACUUCAAUUUGGCCAAGACAUUAGACCUGAAAUAAUGGAGGACCACCAAAGGUCUGUUAGGUUGAGUCGAUUUCCUGCAACUUUCUACCUACAAGAAGAUCUUGGUUGGCAUUGGGUUGUCGUUGUGCCGUAUCUUGAUUGAUGUUGAUGCCACCAGACGUGUAGGGUAGACUGUACCAUGUGGUGUAGACUCUGACCAGAGGGACAUAAGGCAGGAGAUACCUUGUAUAAACCUUUUUGCUUGGAUCGGGAGAGGUUCCGUCCCUUGUACAUCUUCCCGGCUUGCCCUAGUGCCUGUACAUUGAUGCUGUUGCUCGAUUCACUGCUUUCAUCAAGAUGGAGGACAUUCCUGUUCAUCUCUCCCCUCCAUCACCGGCCACCCCAGAAGACCAGGGACAAGCAGUGUGUUUUUUUUUUGUUCUUACAACAUUUGUGAUUUUUGACACCUUUGUUCUGAGUUCACGAGAACCGUGAGACGUCACAUGACGUGAUAGUAAAAAGGAAGCUUCAGGGGUUCACAUACAAUCAGACAUUCCUUUCUGUUCUCUGUCCAUGGAUGAUUCCUUCUCUCUAGGUAUCGCCCCUCUCAUCCUCUCUCUCUCUCAUCUUCCCAUAUACCACGGUCUGUCUCUAUGUAUGCGUGUCCCAUGUUCUGGCCCAUUCCCAGCAUGUUUCUCUCCUCCUGUCUCUUCUUCGGACUCCUCUCAGUUCUGGAGAGCACUGUCUAUGGAACAAUCUUGUGCUGUUUUUUCACCAUGCUUUAAAUAUAUUAAAAUAUAUAAGAAUUCCGAGUUUUCAUGCAGAGGAA